AUGGCCUCACCUGCCCCAUCUGUGCCAGAUACCCAGCUUAACUUAACAGCUGAUGAGAUUGCUCUCCUUCGACACCAUCAAGUCCAAGCCGCUGUAACCGCAGGCUCCAGCUCUUCUCGCGCAGCCUCGCGAGCCUCGUCACAAGGUCUCCUCCUCCUCGAUACCACCUCACUCGCAGCUCUUGGGCGUCAUUUUGACCAUCUCAUAUCACAAAUCAGCGCGAGGCUUGACUAUCUAUCUGAGCAAUCUGCCAUUGUUGCACAGCAACAAUACGAUAAUGCGGGGAACGCGAUUGCUAUGGCGGAUGCGGAGAUUGCACGGUUUCAUGACAUACUCAGGCAAAUCGAUGAGCUGGAAUUGGAUUUUGACCGUAUACGUCAUAUCAGGGAUAUUGUGAGGAGUUACCGACAGAGAGUUGAAGAAAUAGAACAAGCUGUGGAUAGGAGCGCUAGCGGGCAUACAAGUGGCAGUAGACAUCGACAUAGGCAUCAUCAUGAGAGCUCUGGCAGUUCGAGAAGACAUCGAAGAUGA